CUCUAUACUCUGUAUACUCUGCUGUGUAUAGAAAAGGCUGGCGUUUUUGUAUAGUUAUUUAAUUACCCCUUUAAGAGUUGGUAUCACUUCAUAAAGUAACCAUUGAAGUCUUGGAGAGGUCUAAAGGUAAAUGUUCAGGGUUUGAUGGCUCUAUAACGGUAAGAAUCAGAAAUAGUUAUCGGAAUACAAAUUACCCGCCAUGGAUAGAAAAUUCCUUUAAUUGUCUUUUCUGCGUGCGCAAACCUGCGUUGAGUGGGCGAUUAAAGACGUUAUAUCAUUUCUAUACUCUAUCUAGUGACUUCCUUAUACAGUGCCUUCCUUUUAUUUUUUUUCCUUAAAAAAUAUCACUGACUGUAAAGCUCAUUUUGACAUUUUUCAGCAGCUGAUUCAGUUCUUUGUUGAAAGAAAAUGUUACAUUUUUGUUGACGUCAUCGUCAACUGCGUUGCUUCAAAAUCAAGAUGGCUGCCACUAAGUUCAAAAUGGUCAACCUCGUUUCCAGGAGAGAGCGAACCCUGAAAACUAGGUUGCAAUGUGGUGAAUUUGUGACGUCAUGUGACAACACAAUAUUCUCAUUAUUAGGAUGCAAUAUUGUACCGUUCACCCAAAAUUCUUAGCAAUUAAACUUCAACUCCAACGUCUUAUCGCAAAUGGAACUAUAUUACUUGAAACCAGAAAUAAUUACAUUUGUCCGCGCUUUGACUAGUAUCCGACGCAGACGUUCUCUUGGCUCGUCACGCAAUCCUCCCCUCCGCUCCCCAAGAACGUCUGCGUGGGAGGCUAAGCUUUGACGAAACUCAUUACCUUGCGUUAUAAUGGUACAUGAUUUGUUCAAUCUCACAAGUGAUUAAUAGUUGUGAAUCAGCUUUUCUGUUUACUGACUCAUUGCUAGUUAGCCUUUUCAUUCUAUUUUAAGAAGCCUUUAGUGUGCUAAGUAAAAACUGAGCUACCGUUGUGGGAGUGUCUGGGUGAUAAGUUUGUUUUUGAGUGCAUGGUAGUGUGAACUUGAUUGGUUUUGCUGACGAGUGGAUUAAUAUUCCUCUAGUCUGUAAAAGUUAUUGCUUCCCCCAACCUUUCAGAUGAAUCGCGCGGUACGCGCUCCUCUGGUGCAACAAACAAAAAACUGAGCACACCGAAGGAGUUGGGAGAUUGAUUCCCCUUCCCAUCACGCAUAGUAUUUCUUUUUUUUUCGCUUCAUAUCUAUCCUAGCGUAGGAGGGAGACGGGUUAAACGGCUGAAACAAAUUGCUUAGUCAUGUCUACUUUCAGUACCGAGCCGUCACGUUUGAUCGAGCUCGAGUCCGAUAGGUCCUUUGACAAACGUCCUCGGCUCCAGGGCUCCGCUCUCGAAACACCUGUGAUAAAGUAAACCGUGCUGACAGUUUGAUAAAAAAAAACCUGUGGCAUCCAGGGUAUUCACAAACCCAAUAAAGACAAUAGAAGAAAAAUGGCUUCGUCCUUGCUUUUUCCUAUAGUUGUCUGCUGUUAUACUUGCGUGACUUGCAGUGACGUGACAACCGCAUUCACGGACGUCCGAAGCCUGAGCACGAGCUAAAAAUCGCCGACUCAUGCAUAGUUGACAUACUUGAACCAAACAUUAUAAGGUCACUGACACAGACAAAAUCUCGCGGUGCAGGUGUACCUAGACGAGAAGUAAGAAGAAGACAAUAAGAAGAGGAAAGAAAAACACGAAAUAUGUCUGGUGGAGGUUACAAGCUUUACUAUUUUCCGGUGCGUGCAAGAGGAGAAAUGGACCGAUGGGCUUUUGCAGCUGCUAAAAUUGAUUUCGAGGAUAUUCGAUUGAAUCGAGAAGAGUGGCUCAAGGAAAAAGAAUGUAAGUAGGAGACUGAGGAGAUAAGAAUAAGCUGGUGAAUUCGAAAGACCCAUUUGAUUGUUGAUUGAAUUUGGUAGAGGUUUCCGUGAUAAUGAAAUUUUUAAGUUGUAUGGAAGCUGAAGUUUUUAAAACAGCAAUGACGCGUGCUAUGCACGCAACUGUAAUGUAUCAUGAUCGGUUUCGUGACAGUGAUCUUUGCUUCGUUCGAUUGCAUGAUGUGGGUUUUCAUUUUUACCUUUUGAUAAACGUUUUUUGAACGAUCUUGUUUGUAUAUCUCCUCCUUGUUGGAACUCUGUGCAUGUUUAAUGAGGUCGAGUUAACGAUUUUUAGAGCUUGACAUCAUGCGUCCACGCGCCCCUGAAAAAAAGUAACAAACUGCUUGGUCACCCUUGGUCAUGCAUCACGAACUGCUUUGUCAUGCAUCACGAACUGCUUUUGUCAUGCAUCACGAACUGCUUUGUCAUGCUUGCUGAGUGUUCAAGCUUCGUAUACUUAAGAUCAAAUAUCACAAUAUCACUAAUACUGUAAAUCGUUUGUUAAGCCGCCUCCCCCCCCCCCCGCUGGCUCUAAUAAGCGUUCCCCCCCCUUCUUUUAAGCCCCCUUUUCCCAGGGGCGGAAGGAUUUUUCAUUAGGGGUGCCCCUCUCUUUUAAGCCUCCCUCACCUCCCAGGGGCGGAUCCAGGAUUUUUUCAGGAGAGGGUGCACUCGUCUCUUGCUGGGGGGGGGUGGGGUGUGCACCCCCUGCACCCUUCCCCUAGAUCUUCCCCUGCCUCCCCCUUAUUACUGAUAAAUGAUUAUUUAUUACCAAUAAAUGUUAGCCUGUAUAAAUUAAUUAUAACUCUAAAACUUCAUUUUGACUAAUCCAGGGUCGGGAUGGUUUAUUCAUUGUUGGAAUGUCCGAUGUGUUUUUGAUCCUGGACUGCAUAACAUCCAACUUUUUUUGAAAUUGAGCUUUGCCAUUUUGUAUUCUAGUUCUUUAUGGAGGACUGAUACCAUUGUCUUUGCAAAAUUAAAUAAGCCCCCCCUCAAAUGUGUUUCUCAGUCGCCAUGUAGAUACUGCAUCAUGCAAAAGCCUUGAAAUUCAAGCAUACCCUGUAUAUCUGCUCACAAAAUAAAGAAUCCUUUCCAAGUGAAAAUUUUCAUAAGUAUCAGUUUUUAAGCUGCUCUAAGACUUCCUGCUUUUCCCGCAAGUAAAAGCUCACUACAGGAGGAUUAAUCAUUCUUUAGUAUAAUAAUGGAUGAAGUUGUGUGAAAACCAGCCAUAGAAUAUGUAGUUUUUAUUUUUUUUUUUAUUUUUUAGCUGGCAGACCACCUCUUGGUCAGAUGCCCUUUGUUGUGACUCCUGAAGGAAAGAUCCUUGCACAGUCUGGUGCAAUUCUGAAAUACAUCUGCAAAAAAGGAGGUAAGCAAAACUACAUUCUUCAGAGUUUCCGAUUCACCCCAUGUAAAGGGGUGAAUCCAGCGUGGAUCUUUGCAAGGUUGAUCUCCUCCUUAAUUCCGUAGCUAGCCGUUCACAGACCCUCUAUUUUCUCUUCAAAGUCCGUCGAACGCGCGUGAUAAAAUAUAAACUGCGGGGGAUUUAUUGACCGCCAGCGCUAGCGCAAGGGGGUAGUGGUGGGGGAAUUCUUUCUCACGUUCCGCGCUCGACGAAAACGAAAAGAAAAAUAAAACAACGUCUGUGUACAGGCUAUUUCGUAGCAGUAUCUCGUCUUAAUUAUGAGGUGCUGCUUAUGCUAAGUGUUGGAAAAGAGACCAAGCCAAAUGUGGGUGGUGACGCGUCAACAGUAUGGAAUUUCUGCGCAGGCCCAUAGGUCGACAAUCGUAGGGAAACCAGUAGUGGCUAAACCCUGAUUUUCAAACUAUAUUUUGAUAUACCUGUCAGGUUUAAGUCCAUCAGACAGUUUUGAUGAAGCGCAAGCUGAUAUGAUCCUUGGUGGUGUGGAUGAUUUGCGAGUUGCUAUGGUCAAAGCACACUUUCAGAAGGACGAGGAGGAGAAGGUACGAUUCCACAGUUAGACCCCAAUAGCCAUACCCUUAGCCUGCGGCACAGACAAAACUAAACUCUGGUUAAGUCCGUCUGCGGAAGAGCGCCGAAGUCUUUGUUCUGGGCCCCCACCUGUGUACUAAGAUUUGAGUGCGCGCCUGUUAACAAAGCCAUUGUCGAUUUUCCAAUCACAGUAGGCUGACUUAGCAACCGAACGGGAACGUCAUUUGACGACGGGAAAGCGCGAGGAAAGGAUUAAAAUCAACUUCCGGUUCCAAAUUUGCCGCCCUGCCAUUUUUCAAGCCAGUUGUUUGAUGUGCGCGCGCCGUCGUCAACUCACGUUCCCGCUCUGUUCCUAAAUCAGCCUGUUUUAAUUGAAAAGAAAUUCGAAAUUCUCCUCUGGUAAUUCGUUGAGUUCGUUGGGGGCACAGAACAACGCUGCGUUACCAACUGAGGUUAUAUUACGUCUGCGACACAGGCUACCACACCCUGUGAACACACUGGGUGUGCGGAAGGUAGCCUCUGCCAACAGUGAUCCGUUUAUAUUCUACCCUAGAGAACAGGAGUUAGUAUUCCGCGUUUUGCUGGCGAGAGCAGGCAAGCGCUCUAAGUCCGUUCAUGCUUCGUUCACCUUUUAAAACGCGAAAAAAUAGCACCUAUUCUGCAAACUAUUUAUUUUUCCGUAAUUUGGACGAAUAGAUUAAAAGAAAUGGUUUCUAACUACCGCUAGACCGUUUUGGCUAUAGCGUCAGCUUAGGUAAUGGAGCAUUUGGAUGAGGCAGGGGGGCGGGGGGUGGGGUGAAUUUCCUAUGUUAAGGUAUUAAACCGGCUGAAUGACAUACUCACUUUUAUUGUGGUCAUAUUUCUUCUUACCGUUAUCUUUAUUUAGAAAAAGCUAUGGAAGGAGUUUUUCGAAACAACAGUUCCUGACCGGCUUGGGAAAUAUGAAGCUCUUCUCAAAAGCCGAGAUGAAGGCAAGGGCUUCUUUUUUGGAGAAAAGGUAAACAUACAGGAUACAACAACAACAGCAACAACAAACUCUUUUUCGCAUUACUGUAAACUUUUAAGUAUUUCAAAAGCGUGCACAGCAUACUGAAAAAUAAAAAAAGAAAAAGAAAGAAAAACAUGGAAAAAAUUUUUAAAUUGCAUUAGUAACAAUUUGCACCGGAGAUCGUUCAAACUAAAACAAGUUGAUAUAAAAUGAAAUAGAAAGUCGAACAUCCAUGAUGUGCGACCACCUGUUUUAAGUGGCCACUCCCAUAAUAUAAGCGACCACCUAUCCAAAAUAUCAAAAUUUUCCCAGUCAAAGCCUUACAGUUGGAAGCCCUCGUAAAACGACCACCUGCGACCGCGACCACUUUUCAGGGCUGACGGCUUAGUAAUUACCUAUUGUUUCUAGCCUCCUGCAAGCGACCACUUUGACGCAUGGUCUGAUAUAUGUUUGCUGUAUGUUCUAUGCCACUUAGAGUAGUUAUAAGUCAGAAGAAUUCGUUUUAGCGACAAUGCAACAUGGAAUUAAAAAUAUUGCAACUUAAAAAUCAGCAAGGAAUUUGUUUUUCCCUGUAUUUUUUUCUUGCAGCUUACCUAUGCCGACAUUGCGUUCGUUGAAUUCUUUCAAAGCCUGAAGGUGAACGUAGAUAUCCAGAAAGAGAAAGAAAAAAAAGAACAUUUACCGGAUAUCGAGGAGAUAUUGAAGAAGUUCUCUCUGUUGUAUGAGUAUUACAAGCGUGUGUUAGCCGUGGAAGAAAUUAAAACCUGUAUUGAGAAACGCCCCCAAUCCGACUUCUAA